CAACGGUACCUGUGUUCAUAUUUAAACAACCCUCGGUUCGGCUGGAAGCAGGAACAAUAACUUAAAUAAGACAGGCAUGGGUAUCAGCUAAACAAAUGUUGUAGAGGCCUGUAUAGACGACCGACUGGGGAUCUUUGGACUGCUGCUCCAGGAUGAAAGUGACACCCCCUAUGGUCAUUGACCUGCAAGGAGGACCACCAAUGCUUAUUAGGGACACACAAGGUAACACAGCCGUGACGUCAGUGCAGCCCUGGGGUCACAUGGUCAGUCAACCCGGAAGUGUGUUUUGGCGCAAAUCAAACAAAUUGAGAGUAAAAGGCAACAGCGUGUAUUAGAGCGUAACUUUCCAAAUUAAUGAAUAGACAAUGCAGCUAGGUUGAUUAUUUAAGGUAUUUGGUUACUUAUGUAUGCGUACAACGUGUGUUUAUUGACGUGUUUCCCUCCAAAAAGUGACAAAGGUGUAUUUUUGUGGCACUUUGUGGUGGUAAAAUUGAGGAGCAGCUACAAUGAAGACCUGGGAAUUGUCUUUGUGUUUUUUUGUAAAAGAGAAAUGAGAUGGUGGGAUGGUGGGUGAGUGGUGAGAACACAUACACCCCCCCCACCCCUUUCAACACAAAUGUCUCCAUGGGUCCACUACUUCUUCAUAACCCAACUCUUCUGCCGCUGUGCGCACAUGCUCAAAGGAGGAGUGUUCGAACCGGACACUCCAUGUGCAAAAUGAGAGCAGCAGAUUUCGCCAUUUCAGUUUUGUCCAAUUAAAAAGUCUCCACACACUUUGUAUGCGAACGUCCACCCGACUCCCGGCGCCCUCCACGCCCGCGCCGGUGAUGCCAUGCCGCGGGGUGACGGCGGCGACGAGAGCGCUGGUGGUAUCGGUAUCGGUGGUGGCGGUGGUGGUGGUGGUUUCGGCUCCGGACUCUGGCUGAAUACUUCCCCUGGACGCCUGGCGCGGGAUUUCCCUCUCAGGGAUGUGGAGUGCGGACAGAGGAUGAUGAACAACGCGGUUCGGAUCGGGGACAGGCUGGGGCCGCCCGGUGCCGACAUGAAGCAGGGCGCCCGGCUCAGCCUACUGGGCAAGCCGCUGACGUACAGCGCGCAGGGCGGCCGCAGGAACGCGCGCUACCGGUGGCUCCAGAACUACCUGUACAACGUCCUGGAGAGACCCAGGGAGUGGGCGUUCGUCUACCAUGCUUUUGUGUUCAUCCUGGUGUUUGGAUGUUUGGUUCUGUCUGUGUUCUCCACCAUCCCUGCUCACCAGGAAUUCUCCUCACACUGUCUGCUUAUCCUGGAGUUUGUGAUGAUUGUCGUGUUUGGCCUGGAGUAUAUCAUCAGAAUAUGGAGCGCCGGUUGCUGUUGCCGUUACCGAGGCUGGCAGGGACGCCUCCGCUUUGCCAGGAAACCUUUUUGUGUCAUAGACAUUAUCGUACUCAUCGCUUCCGUGGCCGUGGUUUCGGCCGGAAGCCAGGGCAACAUUUUCGCCGCUUCCGCCCUGCGCAGUCUUCGCUUCCUGCAGAUCGUACGCAUGGUACGCAUGGACCGAAGAGGAGGGACAUGGAAGCUGCUAGGAUCUGUGGUCUAUGCACACAGUAAGGAGCUGGUGACGGCCUGGUACAUCGGCUUUCUUGUGCUUAUAUUUUCCUCCUUCCUGGUUUACCUGGUGGAGAAGGAAGAAAACAAAGAUUUUGCUACCUAUGCUGACGCCCUGUGGUGGGGCACGAUCACCCUGACAACCAUCGGCUAUGGUGACAAGACCCCGCAGACCUGGACGGGGAGGUUGCUGUCUGCUGGAUUCGCUCUUUUGGGAAUCUCCUUCUUUGCCCUGCCAGCUGGCAUCCUGGGCUCAGGUUUCGCCCUGAAGGUACAGGAACAACAUCGCCAGAAGCAUUUUGAAAAGAGGAGAAACCCAGCAGCCAGCCUCAUCCAGUGUGUCUGGCGUAGUUACGCUGCCGAUGAGAACUCGGUUUCCAUUGCUACCUGGAAGCCUCAUUUGAAGGCAUUGCAUACCUGCAGCCCCGCCAAGAAAGAGCAGGGCGAGGCCACUUACAGCCAAAAGUUGAGCUUUAAGGAGCGAGUCCGCAUGGCGAGUCCCCGGGGACAGAGUAUGAAGAGCCGGCAGUCGUCCAUCAACGACCGACAGCGCUGUUCCCCAGGCAACGAGGUGGCGAGCGGCGCUGAGCUGAUGAGCGGGAGCCCGGCCAAAGUGCAGAAGAGCUGGAGCUUCAAUGACCGCACCAGGUUUAGACCCUCCUUGAGGCUGAAGAGCCAGUCGCGGACCGUUGCCUCAGACGUGGACACAGGCAUGACCACAGAGGAUUCCCAAGAUGAGAGAGGCUGCCAUUGUGACAUCACCGUGGAGGAUCUGUCCGCUCCCCUCAAGGCGGUCAUCAGAGCUGUCAGGAUCAUGAGGUUCCACGUGGCCAAGAAGAAGUUCAAGGAGACGCUGCGUCCGUACGACGUGAAGGAUGUCAUAGAACAGUACUCUGCGGGACACUUGGAUAUGCUGUGUCGCAUCAAGAGCCUUCAGACCAGACUGGACACUGUAGUCGGGCCCGCUCCGAGGCCGCUCAACAGGCGUGUCAAGACCUUUUCCUCCCCGUCGCUGCAUUUAUAUUACAGUCAGGCGAGGAGGAAGUCCUCAGCACCGGGACUAGCCAAUGCAGCAGGUUCUGGUCCCGUCUUGAGUAGUCGACUCAGGAACAUGUCCUCCCCCGCUCUGCAUUACUAUUACGCCAACAAGAAGAAGAGCACAGGCUCAGGAGUGGAUCAGAUCCUUGGAAAAGGCCAAAUUCCUGUGGAUAAGAAGCUGAGGGACAAACUGAACCCAGAUGGAGAUCCUCACGAGGGCAUGAGUAUGCUGGGUCGUGUGUGUAAGGUGGAGAGGCAGGUGUCCUCUAUCGAGUCCAAGCUGGAUUCUUUGCUGGAUGUUUACCGCCAAGUCCUCCAGAAAGGUCCCUCUGCUCUCGCUCUCUCCUCGCUGCCGCUUUUCGAACUGGACCAACAUCACGACUCCGAUUACCAGACCUCCAUCAUGGACCGGGACCCGCCCUCCCCGCAAGGAAGCGGGGGCGACACCAACUCAAACCCGAGAGGACUACGGCUCAUCUUAGCGCCCGUCGACGACGAUGGCCCGCCGGAUUCGGCCCCUCCAUCCUACCCGCCGUCCACCGCUUCGCUCUCCCCAUCGCCACUGCUGCCCCCUGAUAGCCCUUACCCCACCCUGGUCACCCCUAACAGCACCAGGAGGGCGCACUUCCCUGACCUGCCUCCUCCGCCUCCUCCGUCAGGGGGGUUUACACUCCAGUUGCCUCCUGUGAUGCACCCAUCCCACCUGCGCUGCCUUGCUGACCCCGUCCCAGAUGAUAUAACAGACGGAGUGCUGGCACACAGGGGGAGUCCGAGUCCCUCUGUUAUCGUGGGAGCCGGUGCUGAAGUGGACAGCCAGCCAGGGAACGCUCAACUCCGGGAGAAGCACUGCGCCAAAUCCGAGGCGGCCUGGAGGAGACACAUGAGUCUGGAGGUGGACCCCCUGCUGCUGCUGUCACCGAGCCCAGACGUGGCGCCCCCAGACUUGGGGGGGAACACUCUCGGAAAGUCCCUCUCCAUGCACAAUCUUAGUCAGCCUUCCAGCAACCGGGCCACGGGCCACAGUAGCGAACACGCUCGCAGUGACCUCAGCGACUGGGAUGCGAGAGAACUCUUUAUCAGUGAGCACAAACUGCAAGGGGACACCCCUGAACGGCAUUUGGACUUCCUGGCCCAGGACCCCGCCAAGGGUCCAAUACACCUGUCGCACACUGUGGACGAGGCUGCUGCUCUCUCCAAGGAAACAUCAGACUUCCUUAGUCAGUCGCCACAUGUCCAACUGGCCUGAUCCACCACCCCCACCCCCCGUCCCCCGCCCCCCGCCCCCCUGUCCCCACACACACACACAGUCACUGUAUGCCAUUCAUAAGGAGGCCACUUUAAAACAUUAUUACAGGAAAUGAACUUGUUUGCCUUGAAUGUACUACUUUUUCAUCAUAUUUCACCAAGUUUGCUUUACAAAAAAUACACAAAAAAUAUGAAAGUCAGGCAAAAAAAAAAAACAGAUUCAUUUACAUAUUUAGGAUAAAUUUAGAUCGAAACUGGAUGAGAAGAAAAAUGAAAAUAAGUGUCACUUUCACCGUUUCAUUCAUUAGCUUAUAUUCCAGUAUUUUUACCAAAUUAUCAUGCGGUCAAACAAUUUAUUAAUACUAAGAAAAUAAUCAUGGUCGCAUGUCACAAUCAUCUCAGUGUGUUUGUUUACCGCAUAAGUGAUGGCUGCUCACUUUUUUGACACAAAAAUCAGCCCUUGAGCAACCUUUAAUGGGUAAUGCACGGUGGAUGCUGCAUGUCUGUAACUUGCUUAAAAAGAGUUCUAUGCAUGUUGUCCCCAGCAUCGUCACAUUAUAUUCUUAUUUUCUUCAUUUGAUAGCAGAUAAAAACACUAGAAAGAUUAGAAUUUCACAACAAAGCUCUUUGGACAACCCCUAUAUUGGGUGCUGCUAGCACCAUGUGCAUAAUAUAUAUAAUAUAUACAAUAAUAAUAGUGGGCUGAAUCCAAUGGAACCAGCCAAUGCUUCCAUCAGUUGGAAAUAAUAAUAAUAAAGUCAAAUUAAACACGGUACUUCUCACUGUUUUAGCUUUUUAUGCGAUUCUUUAAAUUUCUAACGCAUUCUGGUUGGAAAAAAACUGUACCAAGGAUGAAAUGUUGCCCUUUUUGUUGUAAAAAUGGUUCAAGACUUGUCAAAAAUGUCCUGAAUUUUCAUCACAAGUCUGUUUCCUGUUUUUAAAAAAAAAUGUAUUUUUCCAGAUUUCAUUAGAAGUGCAGGUUUACCAUCAUGAUAGUCUUAAAUGUAUUUUAAAAAAGUGUCACAACUUGUUUUGAACAAAACUUAACAUUAAUUUCAAGCAGGUCAGUCAAUGAUAUACUCUAUUUAGACUCCGAUCUUGAUUUACUGUUAUACGAUGCAAUAUAAAAGCACAGCGAGAGCCUGAAAAUGUGGUUAAUUUGUAGGAUUAAUGUUGCUGUUGACUGAUGACUUUGGCUUCAUAUGAUAAGAGGUCAGCAAAAAAGUGAAGCAGGAGGCUCAUUAAGUAAGAAUUAACGCAUUAAUGAUUGUGUUUAGAACCUGUUAACGGUGCCCAUCUUUCAUGCCAUAUUUGUUUGUUUAGUUGUAUAUCUCUUGUACUAAUUUGGCUAUAAGGUGUCAAUCCAGUUAACACACAUAGCUCUCCACUGAUUUGUUUCUUUAUUCUCAUAAUGCAUUUCCGCUCUCUACUGCUAGAACGUAAUUUAUUACACAGCAGGCCUUAAAAACGCUUGUCAAUGUUAACACUCUUUUUACGUUGAAAUUAAUUUAUUACAAGUGCAUAUUAUAUAUAUUCUCUGGAUGAGAAACGCAAAAUGAUUUUUUUGUCAUUCUUAAAUAAAAUUGAAACUUUAAA